UGGUUCCUUAUCUUGAGCCGCCUCUACGAUCUCCUUUCUGUUGAUUUCACGGACGGAGGUGUGCGGAGGAGCAAGAAGGGAUGUGAUUCUCUGACUUGAUUUUGGGAGAGGGAGGGACGCGGGGUGUGACUGAUCCGAUUGUCUCAGGCACUGCAAUGAAGACGAACACAAUUUCUUGCCGACGUCCUGCCUCACGACCUUGAGAGCGAUUUCAAAGGAGGAAGUCGGGACGUGGAGGUGGUCUUUCUUGCUGACGGUAUCGGUGAAAGAAGAAAGGGCCAGGGUCGGGCCGCCGAAGAAGAAUCAGAAUAAGAAGUAGAAACACAAGAAGCAGCAGCAAAAGCAGAAGAAGCAGCAAAAGCAGAAGCAGAAGAAGAAGAAGAAGGAGAAGAAGAAGAAGAAGAAGAAGAAGAAGAAGAAGACGAAGAAGACGAAGAGUGGGGAUGGACAGAAGAUUAGCUAUGGCGGCCUCAGCGGGCAAACCUGCGAAGAUGCAACUCACGGAAUGGUGCCAAGCGCAUCCAUCGCCGAAUGGUUCGGUGCCUGCGUUUGUGAUUGAAGGCAAUGGCCAGAUCCCGACACUGUUCACAACGAUCUUGACGAUGCCUGAUGGGAGAACGUACGAAUCAGGAAAGUUCCGAAAGAAGAAAGAAUCAGUGCAUGACGCAGCGAGAAAAGCACUGGUUGACAUAAAGAAAGGUGAGGGGUCCGGUUGGCUCUCUCUCUCAAACCAGGAGAAGAGCGCAACGCCAGAAGAACGCUUGAAGUGUAUCAAGGACAGACUGACAGAGAUCUUUGUGGAAGAGACAUCCCCAGAAAUGGCGAUCUCGUACUCCCAGGCAGCUCAAAGGGCAAUGAGUGAGAAAGAGAAGCGCGACUUCGCAAAAGGACAGGGUGGAGGGACUACAAGCCAUUCAGGGCGGACGCCAUCGUACUCAGGCACGAGCUCGAAGAUGGAAGCUGCCAAGCCACGAACUUUGGGGCAAAGGGCAAUGGAAUUCUUGAUGGAGAAAACUCAGAUUAAGGCGGAGAUCAAAGUAUUAAAGGAAGUGAUCAAGGGGGAGGGAGGAAAGGAGGAGGAAGUGGAGGUGUGGGAAUACCCAGAGGAGGAUAUCCAAUCUCUGAAUGAGUUCUCAGGAGAAGAAGGUACAAGCAUGAUAGGGGAGGGAGAGGAGGACUUGACAAAAAAGGACAACCCAGAAGGAUCCUCGCAACAUGAAGAAGACAAAAGUGGUUCUCAGAGUGACCAGGGCACCCAGGGUCAGGGACCAUUGGAGGAUGAAGCAAAGGUAAGAGAAAGGGCGAGAAAGAGGGGGAUGCAAAACACUGAGAACAUGACAGUGGAUCAGAUUUUGCAGGCAGAGGAAGACCAGAGGGAGAGCUCAGAGGAUUCAGAGAGCGAAGCCUCAUCAGCCUCAUCAGAGGACGACGAGGAAGAGGAGGAGGAAGAUCAGGAAGAUUCAGAUGUGGAAGAUUGGACAAGAGAACGAUGGAUAAAGGAGGUGGAACAGCUGGAAUGGGGAAGGACGAUCGAAUGCGAAAUCAGGCUGGCCCAUCAUAAGCACGUGAGGAACCUCCAACAAGCCACACAAGCAGGGGGGGACAUCACAUCUGAGAACAGGUUUGAACUGCUUAGGAGGGAGGGGGAAAUCAACGAGUUUUAUGCAUCUCAGUACGCAAGAAAGAGCUGCACAGUAAAAAAUGAAAUCCACAUUCAGCAGGAGGAAUAUGAGAGGUUGUUUCAAUGGCCAAAGACAUACCACAACAAGGAAAGGAAGAGGGAGGACAAGAAACGGAAGGCACAAACGGCAGAAGAGCAAGGCAGUACAACUAAAUGGGGGAAUGACUCAAUGGAGGAUGCAACCAUGGAGGAGGUUCAGGAGAAGGGAGAGAGAGAAGAGGAAGAUGUGCAGGACCUGAGAAGACAAGCCGCUAUUCUGGUGGUGCAGGUCAACUUACUCAAGGAUGAGAAUAGGGAGUUGGAGGACGAUACAGAAACACAUCUUCAGGAUUUGGAAGAGCACCAGAAAACGAAGCUCAAGAUUGAGAAGAAGCUGCAAUCGGCUUCCCGAAUAGACUAUUUCUUGACGUCGGCCGGAGUAAUAGGCAUGUUGUAAUCAGUGAGUAUAGGUAACUUACCGUAUGGAUUGGGUCUGGAUCACAAACCUAUCCAUUUGAGUCUAUCACCCGACAAACAAAUCAGCAGGGGUAGG